AUGUCUUCCAAAUUAGUGAAGCGGUCGCCGGAGUUUUCCGGCCGACUCCCUGACCUGCCGACAGAUACCAUCGACGAGAUCUUGGUGCGUCUCCCGCCGAAGUCCAUCGGGAGACUCCGGUGCGUCUGCAAAUCGUGGGCCGCCCUUACUUCCUCUCCUUCCUUCAUCAAUGCCCACCUCGACCACCACUCCUCCAAGAACAGCAACCACCAGAUCCUCUGCACCCUACCUUUCUGGGACCCUAGCCACUUUCACUCAAUCUACCUCCUCCGCCGCGGCGCCGGCGCCGCUCCUCUCAUCCUCAACUUCCCGCCUUCCAUUCGCUUCGACAACCACGCCGAAAGUCAGCUCCGGGUCAGUUCCCACCGCGGGUUGGUCUGCCUCUGGACUCACCACCCCACGUCCCCCAUUUACCUCUGGAACCCAUUAACCGGGGAAUCCCGCACGCUCCCGCCCAGCCGCUACCGCUCGUCCCGCAGCGUGAGGUACGUCUGGGCGGGCCUCGGUUCCCUCCAGUUGAGCGACGGCACCAAGGAUUACAAGGUGGUGAGGGUCUCCCGGUUCAAAAACAAAGAAGUACUGGAGAUUAAGGCGGAGGUGUACAGCCUGAGGAGGGGGAGUUGGAAAGACGUGACCGUCAACUCGAAGUCGCCGUUGAUCUGCUUGUGCAACGGCGAGGUGGCGGUGGCUAAUCAGUCGGUGAACUGGAUCGGGAUGCAGAAGCCGUUUGGGUUCGCGGUGGCGUCGUUCGACGUGGAGGCAGAGGCGUUCCGGUGCAUAGAAUUUUCAGAGAGGGGGCGGCUGUUUAUGCCGAGGAUAGGGGUGUGGAGGGGGAGGGUGGGAGUGUUGGCGGAGACGGAGACGGGAGAGUGGGAGGUGUGGGUGAUGAGAGAGACGUCGUGGGAAAGAGCGUUUGUGUAUAGGCCGGGGGAGGAGUGCAUGGAACGGGCGAGGCCGGUAGGGUUUACGAUGGGCGGGGAGGUAUUGUUGGCGGCGAAGGGGAAGAAUAGGAUGGGGAUGGUAGCGAGGAAGGAGUGGGGGGAGACGGGAGUGGGAGUGAAGAUGGUGGAUGAGGAAUUUCUGCUGCCAAUGGAUGCAGACGUGGUGAACAUGUAUCUGUGUGCCUUUUGUUCUCAUGUGGAGAGUUUGGUUUCGGUUCAUUAA